CAGCGAGUCGAGGCUGCGAAAUGUCAUCAGUCAUUUUUAAAAGAGGAAAUGGACUUCAAACAAUCAAUGGUGUGGUUCUUUGAAGGGUGAAAUAAGCGAAGUCUUAUCACUGCUCUUGCUGUUUCUUUGAAGACUCUCGCAAGUGACUAAAUCGGCUUUUGAGGAUCCACAGGUUCCUCCUCGUUGCUUGUUUUCUGUUUUUCUUCUGUGUUUCUGGAUGGAUCUGGACUGAAUGACAGCGGCACGGGGACUGUUGUAUCGCCAGUAGCCGUCUCGCAUCACGGACUUGUUUAUUGCACCCAGUGGAGUGAAUAAUGAAGUUAGUGCUUUCUAGAUAGAUGAUGAAUUGCGAGUCAGGGGGUUAUAUGAAGACUUUAUAUCGAAUGAGCAUGUAGGGAUUUCAGAGCCAUUUUUCAACAACUUUUGUCGUUUUAAAUCCUGCCUUUGAACAGACAGUUGGGUUUGGAUUUUCCGUCUCGAAGAGGGAAGUUUCCUGCGCGCUCGCCUGCCGAGGAGAGGCGCUGUCCGUGGUCCUGAAGUCAUUUCAACAACUCCUGUUAUCUUGGCUCGUGUGACGACAACUGAACAGUUAAAGGUGACACUGUCCACCAGCAGCAUCAACAAGAGUUUAAUAUGGUAACUCAAACCAAAGUUCAUCUGCACACGUUGGCACUUUUGUUGUUUGUUGUCCAUCUGAGCCAGCCAGUAUGUGUCGACAUCCCGUCGGAGACUAAUGCAGUCCUGGGGAAACCCAUGAAGUUGACUUGCAUCUACUGUUUAACGAGGGACGAGCUAAAGUCGAAGACAUGGGUAAAUUGGUACUACAAGCCAUAUGAAGAAAAUGACAUCCCUCCUGAGAAGACUCAUAUAUUCAAGUUUGAUAUUGACAGUCCAGUAGAUUUGGAUGGACCAUAUAAGGGCCGUCUGAGAUGGGAUGGGACCCAGGACUUGCAAGAUCUCUCCAUUUCCAUCAUCAACGUCACCUUUAAUGACAGUGGCGUCUUUGAGUGCAACGUAAUACGAGAGUUUGUGUUUGACUCCUUCAAUCCCUCGGUCUCAAUCACCAAGGAAAUCAAGCUGACAGUGAAAGCAGAAGCCCUUAGAGACUCCGCAGCGAUCUACUCUGAGAUCAUGAUGUAUUUGCUGCUUGUUUUCUUGACCUGCUGGCUGCUGGUAGAGAUGGUCUACUGUUACAGGAAGAUCUCCAAGUCUGAUGAGCAGGCACAGGACACAGCGACAAACUACCUAGCCAUUCCCUCUGAGCAGAAAGACAACCCAGGCGCUCCUGUUACCAAAUAAAAGCAGUUGUCAAUGACACGGUAUUAAUCAUGAUGGGCUUCGGUGUCAUGUGACAGAAAAUAUAUACCACAACCUCAUCUUUGCCACUAUGAAAGUACGACUUUCUCAGACACAGGAAUCCUGCCAGCCGACCGCCCCUGUGUAUCGACUGUGUUAUGCUAAGAGUGAAUAAUGUCCAAGUGCUUCAUUUGUCUCCUUCUGUUCCACUUUUUUUUGGUUUACCUUCUUGCCAGGUUUCUGAAAAUAAGUGCUUUCACAAAAACAGAAGGUUAAGGAACAAAAAUGUAAGGGUCCUGCACUUAUCAUCAAAUAAAUAUCAGCCAGUGCGUAGAAUUAGGGAAUUGUCUUAGUAGUUAGCCUCUGUGAUUUCUAACCUAUAACAGAAAAGAUCCAGUGAAGAAACUGUCCUACUGGUCGAAAGUUUAUAGACCACGCUUAGGUUUUAAGUAGUAUUUUGAUUGGCCAAUAUCUUUCUCAUGUUUUUUUAUGAAAAUGGUUUGCAUAGCUUUUAUACUGUAUGGCUGUGCAUCUUCCCUGUUUUGCUGAGUACAUCAGUGUAAUGGAAAAAAUGAAAGGCGUUGAAUUGACUCUUAUUUGAGUUCAUUUGAAUUAAUCAGGAGAUCUUUCCUGUAGUUUUCUUCCUCUGAAUAGAUCUUGUUCAGCACAAGUUAUUGCAAGCAAUUUCUCUAAAAGCUUUGACUGUUGCUGGUGGUCUACAAAUCAUUGCUAUUGAGACUGAAUGUGUGCCUAUUUUAUAGUACAACACUGAAGAAGUGUUUUAAAAUGUUUUUGAUUCAAUCAUACCACGCUGUUCUUUGUCCAUUACAGAUAUGUGUGUAUGAGCUGCUAUUGAACGAUUAAAUUCAAUGCAUUCCA